AUGUUCACAAAUUGCAAUUCACAGCAUCCUACGGAAACUAUUUUUAUCCAUUCCAUUCAAAAAACGCUGGAGCAAACUUCUAUUAUUCGCGAAUCUUGGGGAGAGGAUCCAGGAAGAAUCUGGGACGACGAAUCGAUUCCGCAGCAACUGCAUCUAUCGCGAUUGCCCUCGGGAAGUCUGUCGUUGGAACCAGGGCAAAGGGCAAAAGUACCCUUUACCUUCUUCCCACACUAUCCACAAGUAGAGCUGACAGGAAAUAGAGAUGACGAUACGGCUGAUGAUACGGAAGCAAACGAUUCCAAAACAGGUGAAACACCUUCGACUGCGCAAACGUUUCCAGCAGCAUCUUCCUCGAUUUUUGAAUUGGACUGGAAGGAUAUGAUUGGGCCUGAACUCUUAAAUCAGAUAAAGGGCAAGGCGUAUGAUAACUUGGUUGCUUCGGUAAACUCUUUCAAGAAGGAUACAUUCCAACCAAGAGGCAAUUUGGACUGGAACGGUUCACCUGGUGGUGAUGAAUAUCAGGUUCGAACGACUUUAUUAUUAAAAACCUCACGAGGUGUUCAAAAAGUACCUCUGGCUGCAUCGAGUGUCCGGACCAAUCCGCAAGGAAUUCCAGAUACCAUUUACUUUCGUCACGAUACGGCAGCAGCGACUGCCGCUUCCGCUCGGCGAGAAUACCAUCAAGCCUGUGAUAUCUCAUCGAUACCACGAUCCGCUACACCAGCUGCUCAUUUGCUGUUUGCAAUCAACUUUGGCCUUACCCAAGGAAACAUGGGUGAUGCGAAUGACGAUACACCACAGCCACCGCAGAAAGACUGCUAUGACCUCUAUCUUUCGAAUCCAGACCCACAACAAGCUAAACGGAUCACCGAAAUCAUGGUAUCCCGACCCGAUCUCAUGAGUGUCGAAUUCGAUCCUAGGAGGAGGUUUUUUGAUUUGCUGGACGCCAGCGCAGAGCCCGUACAGCAUGGAAUUCCUCCUUCGCCCACAAUUCGACACUGGAGAUAUGCAAACCAAGCCAAAGUUGGGAACGGAUAUGGUGGCGGACCAAUGAUCUUACCACCUGAUUCCACUGAAAAUUACGUGGCCACGAUAUGUACGGUAGUGCAUGACGUAGGGACUAAUUUCGCCAAUUCGAAUGAUCCAGUUCCUUUUCUCCGAUCAUCAAGGGAAGACGAUUAUCUAUCCGAAGCUCCAGACUUUGGAAAUUUCGCGGCCUGUGAUCACCCAGACAAACACCGAAGUCUUGGCUUUGUCAAGCUUGAAACUGACGAAAGACCAAUCUACAUUGGACUCAAGCAAAUGAAGGACGACGUCUCUUUGCUGGCGCUUUCAACAGCAGCGGGUAACCCAAUACAAGGGCCCGCACCUAUGACAGAAUCCUGUUUACUGAAGGUGGAACCGGAAGAGCUCAAUUUUCAUUUGACGACCGAAAAAAAUACUGCAAUUGCACGUCUCCACGUUCGCAACAAAGCACCCUUUGCCAUUAAGGUCGUUCGAGUAGCUACGGGUAUCCGUUUGGACCGCAAAUGGAAGUCUCUGUUGGGAAAUAAUGUCACUGAAACUAUGGGGCUGAACAUCACAGCUAGGCUGAAAUAUUUUGUUGACGCGGAGGUGGACCAAGCGGAGGAGAUUUUUUGGGACUCACUGGCCGAAGUUCGAAAAGGGGAGACCUACAAUAAUAUGUUGGAGAUUAUUUGCAACCUGACAAGCGGUACAAUAGGAAUGCCAAUGGACACCUUGCACACUACGGGAUCAGUUGUCAUUCGAGGAACGACGAAACUUUUCAUUAGUCCGUACACAAACCCGUAUCGUCAGUAUCUAGAGUUACUGAAGAAAGAUAUGUUUGAAGACGAGCAUUUUCUGGUAGAAAUACCAUUCAACGUAACAGUCGAAAAUGGAAGGUUGCAUGCAAUGAUUGAAAGGUCAACACAUCCCUAUCCGCAAAUCUUUAGUCUGCAGCCAUGGGACAAGUCGGGAAAGAUGAUAUCUUCCCUUUUCUUUCCAUCCACGCGAUUCCAGGCUAUCGAGGACUCUGAGGCACCUUUGCCACCGCAGAAGUACAGAGGUGCUAAAGAAAUCAGCCACGAUUUGCUUCUCGUGGGUUCGAAAGCAGUGCCUCCGGGAAUCAAAAGAGUGGAGGUCCUGGAGGAAGAUAAACUUCCAAUUUCGAGCAAGUCUUCUUUGUGCAAUCGAUUCAAUGUAUCGAUUACUGACCCAUUCGAAACAGUUGCAUCAAAAGAUGCCAAUCUCAAGCAAGUCGGCUUUCUCUCCCUUCAGUACAAAUUCGCAAAGCAGAAAGGUGGAGGGAAAGAGAGGACCAGAAGAAAAGAUGAGAAUGAAAGUCGUGUGACAACAUGUUACCUCAACAUCAUCACAAGCCCUGUGAAUGCUGGAAACCACCAAAUUCCCCUCAUUAUUUUCCAUGGACAAUUGGAAGUAUCGGGUCAAUAUCCAAGGAAAAAAGAAGACGUGGGCACCGAAUUGAAAGAGGUUACAAGUGCGAUCCAUAAGGCUAAUAUUAUGUCAGCCGAAGAAUUAUUCUCUCGGCUGCGCAAUUCAGUGGUCGGAAAAGCCUAUUUGGAGGCUGUUGAAACCAUGGGCUUCGAAAAAGGUGCAAAAGGACUUCGAAAAUUUCUCCUACAAGCAUAUCUAAAGUCAUCAAAACUCGAGGAUUUGACAUUGAAAGCAAUAGUGAUGAAGAUUGGAGCUUUGGGGAGGAACGACGUGUCUAGGACACCGUUCUUCCUGACAAACCGCAAUCCUGUUCCUAUUUCAGUAACCAUCGACAGUGGUGACCUGGAAGGUAUGAGUUUGGUAUUGAGCAAAGACUCAGCGUCGGAACAGCACGGAGCGAACGAUGGAAAUAACAUACUCGGGCCGCUGCUAUUAUCUGAAGCUCAAAGUGAAAAUGUUGGGGAUGGCAGAUUUGAAGGGCACCCUGUGGAAGGGCUCCGUCAAUUCCUUUUGUCAAACGAAAAAGCGAGAUCAUUUGCUGCUCGGUUCGCCAAUCGCGACGCAGUAUCUUUCAAUGAAGCUGCUGGAGAAAAAGAAUCUCUUCUCCGUGCGUUGUACAGGUGCUAUUCAUCGACAGAGCUGCAUGGAUCGCAAAACAAGAAUGUACGACAUGGGAGAACGAACUGCACAGUGCUAGACUUCUCGUCCUUGGAUGGGCCGUUAAUGGUAUCAGCAGACAAAACAUUAGUCAGACAUUUGCAAACAUGCAGCAAGAAUGGUGUCAAUGAACCACAAGGCAAACCGAUCAUAUCAAUUCCACCGGGGGGCACGGCAAGAUUCGAAGUUGUUGUGACAGCGCCGUCAGCAGAAUUUCUCAAUACAGAUAUCACCAAAAUCAUGGCUUCCGGUCUAUCCUUGUCAACAAGUCUCGGCCAAGUCGUACCAAUUUUGAUCGCAUUUGAAGCCCUUCAAGGUCAAUUGUACGUGUCAGAAGAAGGUCAGGUGGAGGAUGAUCCUGUUGAUGCAAUUGUGAAAUCGGAAAUCGAAGACGAAAAGUUGACCGUCAUUGAGGUUCCUCUUGGACUUUACUGGGCUUCACAUGGCAAGAAUGUCGGAGAACAUUCGAUGCCCAAAAUACCGCCUGCCUACAUUGAAUCUUUCCUCCAUGCCAAAUCCCAAGGAAAUAUGUCCCUCCUCGAACACGAGGGAACUUCACUGCUGCUGAAAUCCACAUUCUCUCGGGAAGUCCGUCUCUUGGAAGUGGAGAGUUGCAACCCGUUGUUUCAAUUUGUUCAGUCGGGAAAUAGCACGACACACGCUGACGAAAGCAUCCAGAUUGGUCAGUUAUAUAGUGCGGUAUCUUGCUCUUCGGCCGAUGAUGAUGGCAACAUAUUCCCAUCGUAUUUCCAAUGUGCAUUAAAUUGGUUAGGAAGCAGGGACAGUCUGCAACCCUCUGGGUGCGGACAGGUUUCUUCUCAGUCCAAAAGCAGAGGAUACGAGGCUUUUGUUGACCCCUCGGGUCGGGGGGCUAAUCGCGUAAGCUUGGCCUUUGAACGUGUUUUGACACUUUUGAAAGACACAUACGUCGAAGAUCACACAAGGAAUGCAACGUUGCAAGAAGGGGAACUUCCAUCUGCAAGCGGCUCAAUGGGUUUCAAAUCUGGAAGAGCUCGUUCAGAUGGAAUAGUGACACCAUCUCUAGUCAGUGUAUUUGCCGAAGCUUGGGAUGCAUGGAGGGUGGCGGCAGGUUCUGGCCUUGACGUUUUGAGCUCCAGCCUCAGAGCCACAAUUGAAUACGAAGCUAUUUUAGGGGGAAGUGGUGUUCGCAAAGCAGCGACACAGAACCAAAGCCUUUCGUUGUAUAUGCACAACCUGGCAGUUCAAAGUGUAUUGAAUGCCCCAACGCUCUUUCGCGGCAGUCGAUCGUCCAAUCAUGGAGAGCACACUCCUUCAGUUAUGAAGCUUCCGCCAGUUCUGGUAGGUGAGAUCAUCGCUACUAUGAUUCCCCUUGAGAAUCCGACUGCAGUUCCGGUGAAAGUUCGGCUAGCAGCCCCUCCAAGACUUGGCGACCCGUUCAACAAGCUCGACCAGUCAGACAAAGACAAGAUUCGCACUCGCUUCCUUCAGUCACUUGUCCCUCCAUACGUUCAGAAUGGGAGGCUGGACCCCAAUGACAACACAAGUCCUCAUCACCUUUGGUGGGACGGAGGUGGGGCCUUUUUCAUGGACGACGGUUACGGAAAUUUGAUCAGAUCGAAUCAUAAUAUAACGCUAAGGGCCGGAAAAGGGGCGCUGGUUAGUUUGGUGAAUCCAUCCCUUCAUGCGAACAGUGCUUUCGUUGUCGGUUGUGGUGCGCGAUGUGGAAUCAGGGAACACAAUUCGAAGAUGUCAAGAGAGAAUGCUGGACCGCACGUUAGCAGCCCCAUUGGCGCUGCUGCUGCUUCAGGAAUAUCGCUGCUGGGGAAACAACACCUUUCUCAUUCACAGGCUCGAACGAUAGAUGAGCCAAAUGUUCAGUCCGGUGGCGUUCCAGGCAACGCAGGGCCAACUGCUUUUGCCAUUCCAUUUCCUGCUUUGGACGAAAUUGUAAUUCCACCUUUCGGAAAAGCAGAAGUUGGACCAAUACUAUUUCGGCCACCUGGAAAAUUCGGGGCUCUUGGGUGUGAAACUGUGGAACAGAGUGGCGCAUCUCAUUGGGGCAGUGCAACAGAAGAACAUUGCAAAAAGAAAAGCUUUGAAACCAUGAUUCUGCUAGAAAAUUCGCUUACUGGUCUUGAGAGAGUGGUACUUGAAGGACAAAGCUUGCAAGAUAGGCUCGAUUUUUUGGACCCUUUACCCAGCUUUGACGAGGAUGCGUUUGGAAAUAUUGAAAAUCGAAACGGUCGUUCUACACUAGUUUUCUCAGGAAGCAGCAAACCUGCGGACCCUAACGAAUCGGACAGUCCGCAGAGUCCAACAUCAGACAUCAAGGAAGUUGUGCUUCAAAACACGGGCGAUUUGGAGCAGUCUAUUCGUCGAAUUUAUUUAGCAGACACCAAGGACAAUCAUGAAUCAGACCCAUGUACAUUUGGGAGCUUCCGUUUACUGAAUUGCUGGGAUUCCCCCCAGCAGGGCUUUGUCGUCAAUGAUUGGGAUGUCGAUAAUCUACAUGCAGGUUUUAAACUUUCUCCUGGGGAAAGCAAGAAUUUUUUCAUUGAACAUAUCGCAGACUGCAAAAGAGAAGAAGAAUCCAUCCUCUUAAAUGUUGAGUACACUCAUGCUCCAGCCAGGACUGAUUCAAACGAUGGCCCCUUCAGAAGAAACCGCAGAAUGCGGAAACGCGAAAGCGAAUUACGGACAGCCAGUCUUGGUGUAGGCUACUUUAUGCCUGAGCAUGCAAUGCUAAGUUGUGUUCCAGCAAGAGUAGAUGGUAUUCGGGUUGUUCGUCAUCAGCAGCUUGCAUUCCCAGAGAAGGAUAAGACCGAAUUUCAGCUUCGUACGGAUUCAUCUCAUAAGAGGACACAUGGAGACAGCCACUAUAUGACCCGAAUAUGCGAUUGCAUCGUUUUGCUCAUAGCUUCUGCAUUGCUUGCCUACUCAUGGAUCACGAUGCCGUAUGAACUCGAGAAAGUCUUGGUGAUGUUUCUCCCUUCUCGAAUUGCGAACAAGCGCUUGACACCAAAACCAAAUACUGUUGAUCAGCGAUGGCUACCUGCCUACCGGUCCCUGUCAAGAAGUGAUUCGAUGCCGUCAGAGCUUGUAUCUAUAGGGUAUGAACAAAUGAGCCAAGGUAUCACUGAGCAAUAUAAGUAUAGUAAAAUGGAUCCACCAGAAAAAAUGGGCUUUGUCCGGGGCAGACUUGGGACUGCUACAAAAAAUGGCCAAUCUCAGAUGCUCAGUGAUACAUUAUUUCCCAAGCGGGAGAUUGAGUUUUCCAAGACUGGCGCCCCUCUCUUACCGCUCGGCUUGAAUUGGGGCACUGCAACUUCAAGAGGUAUAAUUACGCCUGAUGAGAUUGAUACGCCCAUGAAUAGAACCCAUAUGCUGUUAAUGGAAAGACAAACGGAGCAAGAAGAGUACAGCAGCUCGGAUUAUGAUGACGGAGCAAUUGAUAGCUUUGACAGUUUCGAUGGCUACGACGACGAUUACGAAGAAAAUAGUGAAGAUUCUCCCGAGGACAGCACAGCCGAGGAUGAGCCAACUGAUGACGACGAGGUAGCUGAUUAUGAUGAGGUAGCAGAAUUUUCAGUCCAAGAAACUGAAAAUUGGGAGGACGAUCAAGCGCAGCAAACGCCUGGAGAGAUUAACUUCGGUAGUGACAGCGAGGAAGGAGUCGUUGCCAACGAUGUCGCAGUUGGUGGAGCAGUAGAUGAUCUCCAAGACUUUCAACCUGUGUCGGAGUCUGUCAAGUUGAAAGAUCUCAUGACUGAAUCAGAGGCUGCAAAUUCAAAAGAUCUCAAGCCUGAAGUGGAAGCUGUCAACUCGAAAGAUCUCAAGACUGAAAGUGCCAUCUCCUCUCCUACCCAGAAAAAGAUUCACUCCGAGAAUAAAACUACCAACAAGCCGAAACAGCAGCAGCAACAACAACAGCCAAAACAGCAGCAGCAACGACAAGGAAAACAAGGAAACAAGAAAUCCGAGCAAAAGGCUUCCAAGACAACCACCAAGACCACUUCCCAUGAUGCAAAAAGCAAAGCAGACGGGAAAUUGGAGGCGGAGAACAAAAGUCGGGGCAAAAAGAAUGCUCGGAAAGGUGAAGCGAAAGAAUCUACCAAGUUCAUUUCAACUCCUAGUACUGGUACGGCAAAACAAGAAGGCAAGAUCGCUGAAAAAAAGGAUGGAAACAAGAAGGCGCAGAGUGCCUCUCCACAGACUUCAACAAAAGCUUAUGCCAAAGAUCGCGGCAAAUCUCAGAAUCAGUCGAAAAAGGCAGCCCGAGGAUCGUUUGAACGGGCAAGCGAUGGCCAAAGUGCUAGCAAGGAGUCGCAGAAAGACAAGCUUCCCAAGUCUGAAAAAGGAAGAAAGGAGCGAUCGAGUGACGCCGAACCCAAAGACAAGUCUAGCAAGUCUGAGAAAGGAAGGAAAGAGCGAUCGACGGAUACCGAACCCAAAGACAAGAUUACGAAGUCGGAAAAAGGAAGAAAGGAGCGAACAACUGAUACUGAACCCAAAGCAGAGAAGAUAUCCAAGCGUAAGAAGAAAAAGUCCAAAAAGGAACGACAGGAGGCCGCAACAGCAGCAGCAGCAACAUCAGACAACAAGGGAUCACCACUAAAGUCGCGAGAGAAGAAAGCAAAAGCCGUUGCUGCAGUUUCAGACGAGAAUGCCAAGGAACAAAUCGCAGUACCGUUGCUCCGCCCUCCACCUGGACUUGCUCCACCACCCGGUUUCCAGGCAGACAGCAGUGCUCCCAAUCAAGAUCCAUCUGCACUGCCUUCUACUUUGGGACCCAUGCUGGACUCUGUGUUGCCAUCUGAACGUUCUGGAACGGCUCUUUCUCCGGCGCUGGCAUUUCUGCAAGGCGAUGGCCAAAGCGAUAGCCAAAGCGAUAUAUUGUACAAUCGUCGUCGCGAUUUAGGAACCUCUAUCCCAAUUCUAGCGGAAGCAACUGCAAACCAACCACUUUUUAUAUCUACUGGUGCUGGGAUUGGUGUUGAUGGAAGCCAACAGCACCGACGCACCAGCUUGGAAACUGGCUUUAUCCCAGCACCAGCACCACCACCACCUGCACCCAUUGAUACGUCAGGAGACAAUGGGUUUGAUGUCAUGGAUUUCUUGGGUAGCAUUCUGAACGAAUCGGUUUCCGAACAAGAACGACCCUUGGAGUCGUCCUUUCGACAAGAUCCUUCCUUGUUGGCCAGGAAUUCCGCCAUCUAUAGCAAUCCUUGGGCUUCUGAAGGCCAGUCCCGAGCCUCUGCUUAUGGAAUUGCCUUUGAAGCGGAGAGUGAGGCCAGCCGUCAGUCUUCGAUUCUCGAUGCAGCUGUGUUGGACCAUCGACGCAGCAGUUCUGCCAGCCAAUCCAUGUUGACUCCCGAUUCUUCCAGCGGUCUGCACAACAUGACAGACGCUGUGGUAUCACCCGAGGCACUGAAUUUGGGGGUUGAUCCAGUGACUGGUCGAGCUAACACUAAUAUGGGCAGUUCAUCUAUGAUUUUGCCUGUUUCCGUUUUCCCAGCAACAGCUGCCGAGCAUCGACGAAACAGUAGUCAGGAGGAAGAAGAGUUGGUGGAUUCUUGGAUGCUGGCAGAAUAG